UGAAGCUCCCCCCACACCCCGCAUCUCUCCUCCCGAGGCUGGUCCCGCUCUCCCCUGUGCGCAUCAGUCCCAGGCUGCUCGCCCUCUUCCCUGCGUGGCUGGUUCGGUGGGCAGGAGGGGGCAGCCUCCUGGAGGAUGAAGAACUCAGCUGGGGGCAGGAGGGCAAAGCUGCCAGGAGCUAAAUGCCAGCCCAGCAACGGUAAGUUAGGGGGACCCCGGCUCCCCCUUUCCUAACGUGGGCUGUCCUCAUCUCUGUGUCUGACGGGGGGAACGACCCUCCCCAUCCUCUGCAUUUCCUGGCGGCAGCGAGCGGAGGAGGGUAGAGAUUCCAGGUCUCUCCUUAGUGAAGCAGCAGCAGCGGGUGCUGUUUAUUUUUUCCUCUGUUGAAAGGUGCAAAGACAUUUGCAACCCCUCUUCUUUUAGAAAAUAUGAAGAAGCCCUGGAGCCCUGAUGUCCCCCAUGGUAAUCAUUCUUACACCCCAGGUUUCCCAAGUGUACCAGACAGGGAAAGUGAGACAGAAUUAGCACCUGAUGACAGUGAGGAAAAGCAAGAGAAGGAGAAAAAACACACCAAUUUCACUUUGUGCAAUGUUUGUAACAUUCAGUUGAACUCUGCUGCUCAAGCACAAAUCCACUAUAAUGGCAAAUCACAUCAGAAGAGACUAAAACAGCUCAGCAAUGGGAAUCUUAAAAAUGAUAAUGGUGGCACAUGCCAGAGCCCUGCUCUUCCAGCCCUGGUGCGUACUCCAGCCCCACCAUUACAACCAUCGCUGGAUAUUAAACCAUUUCUUCCAUUUCCCCUGGAUACAGCAGCAGCAGUCAAUCUCUUCCCCAAUUUCAAUGCAAUGGACCCAAUUCAGAAAGCUGUAAUAAAUCAUACAUUUGGGGUUCCUCUUCCUCAUCGAAGAAAGCAAAUCAUAUCAUGCAACAUUUGCCAGCUGAGAUUUAAUUCUGAUAGCCAGGCUGCGGCCCACUACAAAGGCACUAAACAUGCCAAGAAGCUCAAAGCACUGGAAGCCAUGAAAAAUAAGCAGAAAUCUGUUACUACCAAGGACAGCGCAAAGACUACCUUCACUUCCAUCACUACCAAUACCAUCAAUACCAGCUCUGACAAAACAGACCUUACCACAGGGACACCAGCAAUAUCAACACCAACAGUGGAAAUUCGGAAAAGCAGUGUUCUGACAACUGAGAUCACCUCUAAAGUGGAAAAAAUCCCCACCACAGCCACUAGCAGCAACACGUGCCCUUCCGUGGAGACUGAGGAAGAAAAGGCAAAAAGGCUGCUUUACUGUUCACUAUGCAAGGUUGCUGUCAACUCCACCUCGCAGCUGGAGGCGCACAACAGUGGGACUAAGCACAAAACUAUGUUGGAAGCUCGGAAUGGAAGUGGAACUAUUAAAGCCUUUCCCCGGGCAGGCGUCAAAGGCAAGGGACCUGUUAAUAAAGGAAACACAGGCCUACAAAACAAAACAUUUCACUGUGAAAUUUGCGAUGUGCACGUAAACUCUGAGACACAACUUAAACAGCACAUAAGUAGUAGAAGGCACAAAGAUCGAGCUGCUGGGAAACCCCCUAAACCUAAAUAUAGUCCUUACAACAAACUCCAAAAGGGAGCACAUCCGCUUGGGGUAAAAUUAGUAUUUUCAAAGGAACCUCCAAAGCCAAUGGCUCCACGAAUCUUACCAAACCCACUAGCAGCUGCAGCAGCAGCUGCUGCUGUGGCUGUGAAUUCCCCUUUCAGUCUUCGAUCAGCCCCAGCAGCUACCCUAUUCCAGACUACAGCACUUCCUCCAGCACUCCUACGACCAGCUCCUGGGCCUAUACGGACCACCCAUACUCCUGUGCUGUUUGCUCCUUACUGAACUCCAAACAGGAAUCAAUUGUACUGCAAUAAUUUUUCAAAACAAAAACAAACAAAAAGAAGCAAAUCAAGAACAUGGAACUAUGCAGUGUUUAUUUAUAGUUUAAAGUAUAUAUGAAGAGCCAGGACUUUUGAUAGAGAAUUGAUCAAAUUCUAAAAGAGGGAAGGGGCAGUAUUUUCUCCAAAUGAGAGCAUUCCUCUUGAAUAUUGACCGUUUUAGAAGCGAUCUCCAGCAUUGACUCACAGUGAUAUACAGAACUUGUGAAGCCUUUUUGACUGUGCUUUUUGGCACAUAUUUCCCUGAAAUGUCUUUCCUGCUUUAUGAAACAACUUACAAAUUUGUCUAAAGGGCAUUAACUGGUUCCAAUGUACAUAAAAUACUUUAUUCUGUAGAUUAAAAGAAGAAGAAGAAAAAAGAAACACUGUGAAUAGUAGUACCCUUACUGAUCCUUCUGCCAAAUCAGCAGUUACUGGGUAUUUUUCUGAACAAAAGUAGCUACAAUAGAUGUCUUGUACAACAAUAGUAUUGUGUCUCUAUCUAUGCCACUAGGUUUAUAACUGAGUUGCAAAAGGUAAAAUGAACAAAUUAUCUCACUUUGUUAAAUAGGCAAAAUGACAAUGAUAAUGUGGUGUUCCUAGUUAGAAAACUUUCUUUUCCUCACCUAAUAGAAAACGUUAAAGUACAGAGACAUACAGUAGAUCUAUGGUUAAGACAAAAUAAGAGAUAAAGAACAUUUAGUGCAAAAAUUCCAUAUGCUGUACACUAAAUAGGCACAUUUCUAUCUAAAUGAAAAAUAUGUGUACAGUGUAUAUAUCCAAAAGAGCUAAUACUUACAGGAUGGAACUAACAUGAAAGGCAUAAAGGUGGACAGCAAAAAUAUUCUGUUUUCAUGAGUCACAGAGAAGUAUAACUUCAUUAGUGGUAGAACAAAGUGAUGUCAAGAGUGGGUUACUCAUGGUCAUACCUAGCAAAUGAAAACCAACUGUGAAAAACUGGCCCCAUUGAUGACAACAGGAGAUUUGCCAUUGACUUCAGAGGAGCCAGGAUUUCACCCCAAGAUUAGGACAUAUUCUUUUUAUAUCAUACCAGUGGGACUGUCUGUAUUAAGUAGAGGUCAAAACUUGUUUGUUAUAGGUAUGGUAAUAGAAAUGAAUAUGUUCUAUGAUUUUAUUUCCUACUGAUGUGAUAUAAAAUAUAUAUAUAUAUACAUAUAUAAUCUAAGCAGCAACACACAAUAUACAUAUUAUGAGAUAAUUGCACAUCAUGGGUUUGGAGCAAAUACCACUUUUAGGAUCCUAAUGGACCCUACAUUCUGUAGCUGAUCUUUGCUUCUUUGCAAGGUUUUAAAGCCUUAUAUAUUCACUAUGAGGCUUAAAGGGGUUGAUAGUGUCCCUAUAAAAUAGGAUUCAUCAGGGGUAUAUAUAGAUAUAUUGUAUAUAUGUUAGAGUAAGAAAAAUAACUUAUAAACAGAAAAAUCUACUAUAUAAAGUAAUUAUAUAACCAUUCAGUUUCAUAUGUGGAUCAUUAAAUAGUAACAAAGAGCAGAGAAAAAAUGUGGCAUGUCUUGAAUCUCUGAUACGUGCUACCUGCUUUUCCCCAUAGGGAUCUGAAAAAUAUCUAUUAAGAUUAUGGAGUGGGCUGCUGAGUCUGAUUCAGCCACUCGGAUGUGUACCGUACUUUUAAGACAAAGAAAAAAAUUGAAACCAUAAUUUAAGUUCAGGUGUGUGUGUGGGGGAUGGUUUAAAAGAUUUUAUAACAAUGCUUUUAAUAUAAAAUAAUGGCCAUGUGGUCGCUACCUAAAAGUGCUUGGGGUUAACAUUAGCAGUUUGGGAGAUGUACAAGAUGGGAAUAUGCAGCACCCUGGACUUUCAGGUUAUUAGUGGGCCUUCCAUACACAUUUUUUAAAGCUUAUCUGCAUAUAAUUUUUUUUUACAAAAAUAAAUAAAGAGAGAAAGAAAAGGUGUUCCAUGGAUGGCUGCCUCCAAAGAAUUCCAAAGAGGUGUGUUUAUUUCUCUGUAAGGAUUAAUUAAAAUAAGCUCUGUAUUAAUCAUGUCUAUGAUUUGGUCCAGUUUAUCUGCAACAGUUUGUGCCUUGAAAUCAAAUUGGUUGAUAGUAAUCACCUUAAUCAGAUAUAGGACACAAACUAGAUACUGUGGUGAUUUCAGGACUACUUAAUUACAUGAAUUUCUUUGGCCCAAGAUAUUCAUAAAUAGGAGAGAAGAGUUAAGUUCCUAACAUCAUAUUCAGGCACCUAAAUAGGUGGGAUGAUUUUAAAAAGUGCUCGGCACCCAGCGGCACCCAACAAGGUUACAAAUGGGCCCAUUUCUAAAGCGUUGGGCCUGACACUCAGAGUAUUUGCAAGUCAGUCCUCUUGUUUGGGUGUAUAAAUAUAGUUUUAGGAGCCUAACUUUGAUCUCUUCUUUUUAAAAUCUUGGCUUGGGUCUUUAGAAUAUUCAGCCUAUGUUCUGUGUGCAGUAGCUGUGAUGUCAUCAACAUGUGUGCAUAUCCCUUAUUGAAGAGGACAGUGGUUUUCAAUCUAUGCUCAAUGACACCAUUUGUCAGCAGAGUCUUUCCUACUGGUCCACAAAUUGAAACAUUUGAGAAUCAAGAGGAGUACUGGAGUGUUGGGACGGAAAAUGAAAUAAUAAGUAGAAUGGAAAAGUAGGAGAACCACUAACCUAUUUUAUAGUCUUGUGCAUGACCUACUGGUAGGGGGGCACAUACUGUACAUCCUGCCACGCUAUCACAAUGCCAUUAAAAUCAACAGACCCAUCUUUGUGAACAUGUUGUGGCCUGUGGCAUGUAUGGAGGCACAGUACUAAGGAGAGAAUUAAUAAAAGUUUUGCUAGAAAUAAACAGCGUCAUUCCAACUAUUUCCACUUGCAACUUCACUUUCUGUUUCUUGGACCUUUUUUGUCACAGUGCUCUAUGGAACAAUUUUUGGUCACACAAGCCUCUUUUAAAUUUCAGCUGUACACAACAAUCUCAAACGUUUUUAUGUCUCUUACUCACUACCUAAUAAAGGAUAAAGCCUGAAUGUUA